AUGCAACACAAGCCGCUGCUGGAGGAGAGCGUGUCGGCGGCGUGCCUGCUCCCUGCAAUGCCCCGUAACGAUCACAAAAAGAAAGCCCUCAACAGCCAGCUCUGGUCACGCCGGCCGGCGAACCCGCGUGCCGCCGCACGGCCUUGGAGGCCCGGCUGGCCCCGCUGGGGGGAGGGGCCGGGCCAGCGAGACCCCACGCUGGGCACAGCCUUCCUGGGGGACGGGGAGCGCAGGCAAGACACCCAUUUCAACUUCGUGGGGGGGGUGUACGACCGCAACGAGAACUGGAGCCAGCCAGCGCCGGGGACCAGAACGGACGAAGGCUCCAGCCAGAGCGAAAACAUGACAAAUCCAUCGGAUAAUCUGCUGUUAUUAAUGCAGAGACAGAUGGUUCAGGGCAGGCUUAGGGAUGCCGCCCAGAGCCUGAAAGGAGACCAAGUGUGUCUGGGCGCGGGUGUGCGGAGCCCCCCCGAGGGAGCGGAGGUCGGCGGGCCGGGGGACGAGAAAGCGGCCACGGAGGACACAGCCAAGGAGUGCAGGAAGCCCCUGAGCUCCCCCGCGGAGGACAACGGCCACGGGGCCAGCGCCUUGCGAGGGGGCUCCUCCGGCUGCUGUCCAUUCCUGCGCGUGAUCCCGGCCACGGAAAGCCUGCACCCCGAGCCCGCGCUCGUCUCGCGCCUCGCGCCGGGGCCAGCCCCCUGCAACGCGCUCCGAGUGCAGAGGUAUGGUGUGGAUGCACUGCAGGAGGAGGAACGUGGUUUAGCUUGA